AGAAAUUGAAAAAUGUCGCAUCAAACUGGAAUUACAGCUUCUCCAGACCUAUUGUCUGUCUUUGCCAAGGCCAAGAGUGGAAAACAUCGAGUUCUGAAGAUUUCUAUUGAAAAUGAGCAAAUGGUUUCAAGUGGCACAAAAUCUGCUGUAGGUUCUUGGGAAGAUGAUUAUGAUAAGUUAAUUCUACCAUUGCUAGCUGAGAAAGAACCCUGCUAUAUUCUAUAUAGAUUAGAUGAGAAAACCUCGACUGGGUAUUUAUGGAUAGCUUUAUUCUGGUCCCCUGAUUUCUCUCCAGUUCGAGAAAAAAUGUUGUAUGCUGCCACAAGAGCUACGUUAAAAAAAGAAUUUGGUCAAGGUGAUUUGAAACAUGAAGUUUUCGGUACAACUCUGGAAGAUGUAAAUUAUAAAGGAUAUUUAAAACAUAUUAAAUCACUAGAUGCUCCAGCGCCUCUUACCUUCGCCGAGGAAGAAUUACAGGCCAUCAGAGAAAAUGAAGUAAAUGCAGUUGUAAAUAUUGACACUAAACACCAGACGAUGCAGGGCGUGGCAUUCCCUCUUUCACAGUCAGCAGCACAGAAACUAGAAGAAUUUAAACAUGGAGAUUUUAAUUAUAUACAAUUAAGUUUAGACAUCAAUAAAGAAUUAAUAAAUUUAGAAGAUACAGAUGAUAUAAAAGUGAAAAGUUUACCGUCUAAAGUUCCUAGCGACCAUCCUCGAUAUCAUUUAUUCACAUUUAAACAUACUCACGAGGGUGAUUAUAUGGAAACUCCUGUAUUUAUAUACUCUAUGCCAGGGUAUAAAUGUUCUAUAAAAGAAAGAAUGUUAUAUUCAAGCUGUAAGUCACCUCUAGUAGAUUAUAUUCAACAUCAUAUGGGAAUUGAACUGGCUAAAAAGUGUUUAUAUACUCUAUGUCAGGUAUUUAUAUACUCUAUGCCAGGGUAUAAAUGUUCUAUAAAAGAAAGAAUGUUAUAUUCAAGCUGUAAGUCACCUCUAGUAGAUUAUAUUCAACAUCAUAUGGGAAUUGAACUGGCUAAAAAGAUUGAAAGCGAUGACUCUAGUGAACUAACGGAAGAAUUUAUUUAUGAAGAAAUCCAUCCGACUAAAAACGCAGUACGACAGGCCUUCGCUAAACCUAAAGGUCCAGCCAACAGAGGGCCUCGAAGAAUGCUUCGUUCAGACAAAAAUAAUUAAAUUCAGAUUUAAACAUAAAAAGCCACAGAACUUGAUAUGCAAAUUAACUAGGCCUUGUUUGAUUGGUAUAGAUUUGGAUAUUAAUAACUUCAUCUUCUAAGUGACUAGAGUUCAUCUCAUGCAGCUGACACAUGUUUUAGAUAUACAAAUCUUCAUCAGGAAAGCUAGUUUUGAAAAUUUUUAGCAAUAUGAGAAUUUUAAAAGUCUCGCAUUAUCUAUAUGAGUGAAAACUCAUCUGUAUCAAUUUAUGGCAAUAUUUAUUUCACUUUCUUAUAACUCAUGCAAUAAUCUGUUCUCUUACAGUCAAGUUUUUUAUUAUGUAUUAUUAACAUAUAAAAUUCAGUUUAUCACAGAUUAGAUGAUUACAAUUAAAGCAUUAUUAAGUAUGUUGCUAUUGUAUUUCCACUAUCUGAUCAUUUGACUGAAUUUGUUAUUUGUUGUGGUAGUAUUUUGUAUUAUUAAAAUAAUAUGAAAGCCUCAUAUAGAUAAUGUACAUUGAAGGCCACAUUGUCUGUAUUUUGACUUAAAUCAUGAACCACCUAAUCAGUUCCUGAAUAGGCUGAGAGUACCUUAGAUAUAGAUUUUUUUUUUUACCAAAGAUGGGUUUGUCAAAAAUAAUUGUGAAGCAAUGAAGCAAUGAAUUAAGGAAUGGCAAUAUUUUGUUACGGAAUCAGGAAUAUUAUUUAAGUUUAAACAAGACUGGAUAUAGAGGACACAAAAUUCAUUUGUGACACGACACAAAAACAACUCUCGGAACUAAAAACAUUGUUUUAGUUUUAUGAGGAAUUUGAGCCAUAGAAACUUAUUGAUAACUGUUCGUUACUCAACAUCCCCUGACAGAGGUCAAUUUCAGUUACUGCAUGAGAAUCAGACAUCAAAUUGAGAUUUUAAAAAGUGGUAAUUUAUCUCAAUCUUCUUGGAAAAUAUAUUGGCUACAAUUUUCCUUAGAUAGAAAGCAAUAAAUUAUCUGAAUCACUUUCAAUUUAUGAAAAAGGAGAAUAAAACAGCCUUAAAUUCUUUUCAUAAUCAUGAUUUAGAUAUGCGUAAUUGAAAGAAAAAGGGUGUGUUCAGUAGUACCAUAUCCAGUCUUGUGAUUGUUAUUCUGAAUCAUUGGUUGUAUUUUACUAACAUUCCCUACUGUUUUAUUUGUUAUAAAAUUACCUCUUUAUACAGACCCGACCCUGUAAGAUAAAUUUUGAGUAAGAUUUUUUUGAGAGGAGAAACAGACUAUUGAGUUAGCUAUAAAGUAAUUUGCCAAUCUUGUCUUGAAUGGAAUCUAAAAUGACUCAUACAUAAGUUUUGUGUUUAGAUCAAUAUAGAAAAAUUAUCUGGUUGCUGUUUCACAAAAGCUUAAAUUAAGAUUUUAAGUAAUAGGCCUACAGCAAUUUGAUUGGUUGAAAAGUUAGAUUUUUAAAUCAAUUUUGAUUAGAG